GGAAAAAGGAAACCUUCAAUUCACAUUGGAUCAGAUUCUGGUAUGGUAGAUGGCGUACAAAGACCACAUUUUAGAUUUAGUCAUGGUGGUAGGAGAUCUCGUCCAUCAAUAUCAUCUGUUUGUGGUUUAUUAACAGGUGGUCUGCAUGCUAGUGAAUUUGUUGAUAGUAAUAACAAAUUUUUAAGUUCAAUACAACAAGCAUUGGAUUUAGACGGCAACGAACGUGAUACACUACAUCAGUGGGUUCGUUUAUUACUGAAGUUUAUGUCUACAGUUCAAUUGGAUUUAAAAUUGGAUGAAAGUUGUACAGGUGGAACUAGCGGAGCUAGUAGUGGUGACGGAGGUGUUGGCAGUGGAAUCGGUAGCAGCAGUGGUGGUAGUGUCGGUAGUGGACGUCACAAUAUGCCAAGCAAGUCUAGAGACGAAUUAAAAGACAGAAAGGCUUUAAGCAAAGCACAAAGACACUUGGCAUUUUUACUCGGCUAUACAGAUGGUUCAUUUGAUAUACCCCCACACAAAAUGAGGAAUUCCACUGUUUUUCAUGCAUUUUUGGCACAUGUCGCUGGUGUUCUCGAUCGUAAUUUUAGUAUGGGCUGUUGUAUUCUUCAUCAAACUCUAGUUGUUUUACAAUUCUGUGCAUCACCUCAACGUUAUGCUACUGAUACGCAACCGCCAACAUUUACUUUGAGAUUAUUGGAACCACAUGUCAGGCUUCAUUGGCUCCAAACAUUUUUAGUCAUUCUGUAUAAAUAUGAAUACAAUACACCAGGUGGCAAUCUUACAGGAAUUACGAAUAUUUCCAGCGCUACCUCCUAUAGUUCAAGUAUAGUGGCUCCUCAUAUUUCUAACCCAUCCAAUAGUACAACUGGAGGUGGUGGAACAUUCACUAGCAAUGCAAACAGUAACAGCAUCAGUCGCACACACAAAACAAGUUCAGAAAGUGAAGCACAACUACAAUUGGAUAACACAACUGGAAAUUCAUCCGGUGUUGGAAGUAACAGUAACAGACUAAAUCCUGGAUGUGGCAAUGUCAGUACCAGUGGUGGUGGUGGUAAUAAUACUACCAAUACAUCUGCUUCAUACCAGUUCGCCCCCUCCAGUUUACUUGGAGGAGGUGGGGGAAACACAAACCUUUUGUCAUCACCAUCAAACGCUAUUGGUGGAACUAGGGGUAUGAUAGAAUAUUUAAUACAAAUUGUUCUAAACACUUUGGAUUCACAUGUUCAUGUUUGCCGAGAUCGUCCAAAUGAAGAUUUAAUUGCACCGUUUAAUUCACAAUUGAGAUUAAGAGAGGCAAGUAAUGUAAGUGCAGAUUUUAAUACGAUAUUAGAAACUGUGACGCCACCAGCUACACCAAUUCAAGAAGAAUAUGAUGAUGACGAUGAAAAUACAGUUAUUAUGCCUGGUGUAACUAUCAAUCUAUUACCGUCAUGUAACGAAUUAGAUGAGAAAUGUAAUUCAGACUUGAAUACAUUGAGUCAACCUCAAAAACAACGAACUAUAUCUGAUAAUAUAGCUGAUGAUGUGAUUUGUAUGGCGAAGAAACAUGAUAAUGAGAAAAUAACAUUCACUGAAAAGCAAACUGAUGUACAAAGCGGGAAUACAAUAACUAUUGCUGAAGGUGAUGAUGAUCUCGGUGAAUCGAAGAAACAUAGUGAACAAAACAGUAAAUCAUUCGACUUAUUAAGUCGGAGUAGUUUGUCUCACCGAAAUGUUGGUUGUAAAAAGGUCAUUACACCGAAAUCAGUUAUCUCAAUGAAUAAGCAUAUGCCACAACGACACCAACCUAACGACCAAUCUUCGUUAAAUAACUCAUUUAUUUCCCUCAAAACAAAACUAGACGAUGAGAAAAAUGAGAAUAAACAAAGCACUGCAUCAAUUGAUCCGUAUACAGUAACGCAAGAUGAACAAUCAAUCGUAACGCCUCUUCUAACGGAUACUGAAUCGACCGUAGCCCGAGAAACUACUCCUGAAUCAAUGAAAAUACAAACAUGUGAAGAACAAUUAAGGAGAGGAUCUACUGACUGUAAAUCACCCAAGAGAGUAACACUGAAAUUUCCAAAACGUGGCUCAGCAUUUGUCUUUCAAGAUGAAAAAAAACCCAAGCCAAUCAGAGCUGAUUCAUCUAGUCAUGUUCAACAAGCCCAACCUUUAGAUUCACUAUCUGACUCAGUCAAUCAGAUACACAAAAGUAAACGUGCAAAUUUCCAACAAAGUAAACCUAGUAUGCCAAUAAUUUCUACUUCAUCGCAUCCGUUAGAAUCUAAAGAUGAAUUAUUAUCACAGAAUAUUACUUUUAAUAAAGAUUCAUCUAGUAUUAAUUCACUAACUGUAGAUCGUUCGCGAUCUAUUGCUGAAGGUUAUAAUUUAUUUGAAGGAAUAAAACCAGAUACAAAAUCAGAAACUACAAAAAAGCAUAGUUAUAUUCCAUCUUCUUCUUAUGCUACCAAUGCUACUGCCACUACUUUUCUAAAUACUACAAAUACAAAUGUUCAGUCUCAUAUUUCUAGUCCAAAUACAGUACCUAGUUUAACAGCUGCUGCAAAUACUAUGGCGCUGACCACUGAAAGAUGUCCAUGGUGUCAGUGCAUUCUAGAUCAUUAUGAUGAAAAUACUAUUGGUUUAGGUAUUCUAUGUUUAUCUACAUUUGUGCAUCGUGAACCGGGUUUAGCAGCUCCAUAUUUACGUGAUAUGUUGCUAAUUACAGCACGUCUAGCCAAUGCAUAUUUUUACUCUUGGCAACCUGAGCUUCCACAUGUGAUUAGUCCAGGAAAUGUGGCAAGCAUUGCUCAUCAGUUUCUUCGUUGUACAAUGUAUAAUUUAGCCCCGAACGGUUUGUUUACUCAACUAUUUCAAACUCAUAUUACAGAUGAUAAUUUCUUUAGAACAAUCAUAUCUGUGCUAGUUGAUUUUGAAGAUCAUAUGUCCAUUUUCCAACCGAUCAGUUUACUGAUGGAAUCAUUAAACAAGCAAAAAUCAAUUAGUCUUGAUACUCUACCUAUCCUGUUAGAAAAUCUUGCUAAUUAUCUAGAACAUUUACCAAAUUUAACAGAUGACAGUAAAUUAAAUCACUUUAUUGCCUCUGGAUGGACUGAUAUAAUUGGACCGUUGGAUUUAUUUUUAAGAAAAUUAGCCACUGUUACACCGAUACCAAUUAAUUUAGCUACAACUGUACGUAUUAUGACCUAUGUAUUACGCUCACCUGCUGCAUCUAAUUUCAAGACACUUCCGGAUACUUUUUCAAAUUUACUUCGUAUUAUUGUCGAGAAUGUACAUUUUCGUUUGACCAGUGUCAUUGAAUUAUGCUCUUUAAGUAAUCGAGUACUAAAAGAUCGUACUAAAGCUCAAUUGAGUAGAACUAUGGUUGAUUUAUUUUAUCAAUCAAUUAAAUUUCGUGCUUGUAUACCUGAUGAAAAUUUGAUAAAAUUAUUACAAUUCAUUCUCAUGGAUGCUGGUGGUACUAUAGAACCAAAUCAAGUUGUUGAAGGUUUAACGACAUUAUUUAAUCCACAGACUUAUCAUUUAUUUCCAACUGGUGCAGCUGAAUUAAUGAGACCGCAUUUACCUGAUUGUUUAGCUUUUAUAUCAGAUAUUCAUACAGUGAAUAAGAUUAAACAGUCUCAAAAAUCAGCAGUUCAGUUGAACAGCGUUGGAUAUGGACUUGGUUCUUCAUUUAUGAUGUCCGGAUCAAAUCCAUGUGGUACUGGUAAUCUUGAUUCAAACACACUGACAGGCGGUGGAGGAGCAACAUCUGGAAAUAUAGGUAGUAGUUUAUUUGGUGGAGGUUUUAAUUCAUCAGGAGUAUCAAACUCUGCAACAGGAGCUACGGGUGUUAAUUCUAACGUUGGGUUAGGUACAAAUAUUCCAAGCUUUCAUGAAGAUGUUUUAGGUGCACAUUUAAAAUCAGGUUUAUCUCAGUAUGUUUCAUUGGAGCUAUCUAGAUCUAACAGUGGAAGUGACCACGAUGUCUUACCUUUACUUGCACCCGGAUUACUGGCCGAUGUAAAAACGACGAGGAGCGGUAAAAAUUUAGCACCUGGAUUACCAGCCCGAUCAAAGGCAGUCGCCAGUGCCCCCAGUUCGAAUGUCACUUCAAUGGGUUUAACGGGAAAAAGUUUAAACUUACUAUCUGAGAGUGGACAUACUGCAAAUGUGGAACAAUCAAAUGCACAAAUUAAACUUAGUAAAAAUAGUGGAUCAGUUGUCAGACGAAAUGAGCCCCAUUCAGAUACAGCCAAUACUGCUAUUACACAACCUAGUGUCAAUCCUUCACCUAGUUGUAAAUCUAGCGAAACUAACUAUACACGUUCAACGAUACCAAUAACCCAAACAUCCUCAACUAAAAAGCAAGAAGCUACUAACACAAAACUAAUUUCUUCCGCGAUUCCCAUCCCAUCUCCAGCAAUUUCAUAUGAUCAGAUUUCUUCUACUAAUGUUACAACUUCCACUACGACUACAUCUGUUUCAAAUUUGACUUCGCCAAAUCUUGUCUCAUCUACAUCUACCACGCCACAAACAAUCUCUAGUCCUAGUUCAGCUAAUUCUCGACACCCAAACUAUGCACAUGUAAUGCUCGCUUCAACAUUUUCACAUACGGCUCAUUCAGAAGCAAUUAUAUUACAGUAUUUACCUUGGUUAAAAUCCACUCCACCUUCAUCUCAAUUAGGACCAAAAGAUUUUCUUAUCAUGGUUGAAAGAGUUCGCACAUUAUCAUGGCUUUUGCUUGGUGCCACAAUGAAUAUGGCAUUAACACGUGAGGCUACUGGUUUAUCUUGUCGUCCUAUACCACUUAAUUUAGUUCCUUCAGUGGCAGAUUUGGUCAAAGCAUUGUUAAGUGGCUUUCCUGAUCAACAAAAACAAUCUGUCACUGUAAUGUCAUCAUUGUAUCAUGUCUUUCUACUAUGUCAAGUAUGGACUAUUUAUUGUGAAACUGUUGCCAGUCUCUCACCAGUAAAUUCAAAUCAAUAUAAGGCAGCUAUGGCGACAGCAUUUGAUUUUUGGAUAAGAAUUAUGCCAACAAUACUACGUCUAUUGUCAAUUUCUGAAGAUUUUGUAAUUGUGAGUGGUCGUCUGUUAACCGUUAUUGAAGAGCUCAUGGAAUGUCAGUCAUCAUUAGCUUCAAAACUGUUCACAUUAUGGAUGCCACUUUUACAUGGACGACAGAAACAGCUACCAGGUAAUAUGCUUAAACGCUUACAAAAAUGUGUCGAAUGGGAACCACCUGAACCAUAUAAUCGAUUGUUACUCUUGUUAUCUUUACCUGAUCCACUAACUAAUAGCCGUUUGUCAUCAGGUCCAACAACAGGUAAUUCUGAAAAUUUAUCAUUUACAGCAAUCACCGGAACUGCCAAUACAAUCCCAUCAUCACAUUAUGAAAAACCUUUAAUUCACUCGACUAGUUCAUCAUUGCCAGGAUGGACUGAAAGCUCUUUAUUAGCUUGUCAGGCCAAUUCAUUAAUGGGAUGUAAUUUAAUUCCAAAAUCUCUUAAAGAAUGUUUAACCGAAGGCGUUAAUUUAACCGGCGGUGCACAGUGCAUUGGACAUGCACUAGCACCGAGUGCACCAUAUGCUAAUGACGGAACGGUUGAUGGAGUUGGUUUGGAAGCUGGUGCAAUGGGUGCUGAUUUAUUGACUAGUCGUCUAGUUGCAUGGUUGAAAAAGCAUAUAUUUGUACUAGGACGUAAUGAAGAUCAACAUUCUACAGCUACACAUAUUUUUGUCCAUUAAAGAGAAAUUCUAGAGACUGCUUAUUGAACUAUUUUAUCAUGUAAAUUGUUAUGUCUUUUAUGUGAAAUGAUUCAUUGACCUCAUUUAUUGAUGUGUAUAUCUCUAUUGCCUGUAAUAUUAAAAUCAGUCAAUACUCAUAGACAAUAGUCGCAUUUA